AUGGACCAGUCCGCGCUGCAACUCGUUUCUGAAAUCGGCACCAAUCUCCGCCGUCAAGCUCGCCCAAACAAGGAUUUCAUUGUCAAAUCGCUCCGACAAGCUGCCAGUUCUUUGUCACAGUUAGAACAGGCUUCUUCACCAGAAGCUCUUAAGAAGUUGAAGCCCUUGACCGAAGCUAUUGUUCAUGGCUUGCUUCAGCAUAGAGAUAAAGAUGUCAGGCUUCUGGUGGCCAUCUGCGUCACUGAAAUGUUUCGAGUUAUGGCACCUGAACCGCCUUUUGUGGACAAGCAUCUCAGGGACGUUUUUAAACUCAUUCUCAGCACGUUCACGGAGCUAGCUGAUACCGCGAGCCCACUAUUUUCAAGGAGGGCUAAGAUAGUAGAGACUGUUGCACGAUGUAAAUGUUGUGUGAUCAUGUUGGAUAUUGACUGCAGUGAUCUAGUUCUCGAGAUGUUCAAUAUCUUCUUCUCUGUUGUGAGGGCACAUCAUCAACAGACUUUGAUCAAUGAUGUUUUGUCUGUAAUGGUUCAUAUACUUAACGAGGAAGCUUCUCAGCCACUUUUGGACGUGGUUCUCCAGAAUCUUGUGAAGGAGGGAAAGGAUGCAGACUCUGCUUCUUCUCAACUUGCAGUUUCUGUGAUUCAAACUUGCGCAGACAAACUUGAGUCCUUUGUUUGUGGGUUUCUAACAUCUUGUAUUUUAGAUAGAGAUGCGGUAGGAAGUGAGCUCAAGGAAUUUUACCAUGAAAUCAUUUUUAAGAUUUUUAAGUGUGCUCCUCAGAUGCUUCUUGCUGUCAUCCCAAAUUUGACUCAAGAAUUACUGACUGAUCAGGUUGAUGUCAGACUAAAAGCUGUUAAUUUAAUUGGGAAACUCUUUACACUUCCUGAUCACCAUAUUGCCCAAAGGUAUCAGGACCUCUUCAUAGAGUUUUUGAAAAGAUUCUCUGAUAAAUCUGCGGAAGUUAGAGUUAGUGCUCUACAAUGUGCUAAAGUCUGCUACAUGACCAAUCCCUCUGGAGUAGAAUCACAAGAAGUUCUCUCUUCCCUUGAAGGUCGACUACUAGAUUUUGAUGAUAGAGUGAGAACACAGGCAGUGAUUGUUGCCUGCGAUCUUGCCAUGUAUAAUAUGAGAUGUUUUCCUCCAAAACUAAUAUCUCAAACCACUGAAAGACUUCGGGACAAGAAGAUACCUGUUAGAAAGAAGGCGCUGCAGAAGAUGAUGGAAGUAUAUCGAGAUUACUGUAACAAAUGUUCUGAAGGCUACAUGACAAUAAGUGAUCACUUUGAACAGAUUCCAUGUAAAAUCUUGAUGCUCUGCUUUGAUAAAGAUUGUAUGGAGUUCAGGUCCCAGAAUAUGGAGCUUGUUCUUGCAGAAGAUUUAUUUCCAGCUGUUCUUUCAGUUGAGGAACGUACACGGCACUGGAUCCAUUUGUUUUCUCUUUUCACCCCUCUUCACAUAAAGGCUUUGAACUCAAUUUUAUCACAGAAACAACGGUUACAAAGUGAGAUGCGAACUUAUUUAGCCAUACGAAAGAAAGAGAAGGGUAAUAAUUCAGAAGAGAUGCAGAAGAGAUAUAAAGUUUCAUUCUUGAAAAUGGCAGUCUCCUUUGCAGACCCUUCAAAAGCGGAAGAGUGCUUUCACAAAUUGAACCAAAUGAAAGAUAAUAACAUUUUUAAUUCGCUGGCGCUGUUAUUGGAUGAACUACAAUUUACAGAUGCCCUGACCAGCAGAGACACAUUCCUGAAUAUGAUUGGGGAGAAACAUCAAAAUUUUGAGUUCUUACGAACACUCUCUUCAAAAUGCUCUUAUAAUAUAUUCAGCUCAGAGCAUGUUCGAUGUAUUCUAUAUGAUGUUUCCAGUAAGAGUCCUGUAAACAAGCAUUUGGAGGCUGCUUCUGUCAGACUUCUUCUGGCAAUUACCAGCUUUUUCCCUGUCUUGCUGAGAGGUUCAGAAAGCCAAUUUCAGAUGUUAUUAGAGGAGAGCGACCCAAUUAAUGAGAAGUUGAUUGAAGUGUUAGCCAAAGCAGGCACUCACAUAUCUGUCAAACUCAGUGAAAUCUACCCCUUUCUGAAAAGGGUUUGUCUGGAGGGGAACCGCAUUCAGUCAAAAUAUGCUGUUUCAGCGAUUGCUGCAUUAGUUGAUACUUCAAAGCAAUUCAUUUUCUCAAGUCUAUGCAAGGAACUGGUGGAUUCUUUAGUUGGUGGGCAGAACAUACCAACAGUGUUACAGUCCUUGGGGUGUCUUGCACAGUAUUCUGUUUCAACAUUCGAAAGCCAAGAUGGAGAGAUCACUCCUUGUAUAUACCAGAAAAUUUUCCAAGUGGGCUCUUCAGAUUUUGUAGACUCAUUCAAUGAUGCGUCCGGAUGUAGUGAUUCUUGUAAAUUAAAGAUAUAUGGCCUGAAAGCACUUGUCAAGAGCUUCUUGCCACAUCGGGGAACUCAGAUCAAACGGCAAAUUAAUGUACUCUGGAACAUUUUGUCAACAAUGCUGCAAAAGGGUGAAACUGCGGAGGGUAUCACCUCAUGUGAAAAUGAUAAAGCUUGUAUUAGAUUAGCUGCUGCAAAGUCUGUUCUUCGGCUUUCUCGAAGAUGGGAUUUCCAUAUUUCUCCAGAGAUCUUUCACUUUACAAUUUCAAUGGCAAAGGAUGACUCUCCUUUGGUUAGAAGAUUAUUUCUUGAUAAAGCACACAAAUUACUGAAGGAGCAUGCUAUACCUAGCAGAUAUGCAUGUGCUUUUGCAAUGGCCACCUCAGAUUGCCUCAAGGAUCUGCAAGAUGAUUCGUUAAAAUAUAUGGCAGAGUUUGUCAAGGAUUACAGUAGAGAAGCUCAACUGCAUCAAAUCUCUGGAGUGCAAGAAGGAUUAAUCACUGAUUUUCCAGCAUACAUAGUGGUAUUCUUGAUCCAUCUUCUUGCUCAUGAUACAAGCUUCCCACCUGUGGACUGUCUAGAUGAAGAAACAUAUGCUCGGUUUUGCAGUCCAUUGUUUGUUUUACUACAGGCUUUAAUCAAUGCUAGUAAUGCUGAUGGUGCCCUGGAUAUUGUCAAGGAUUCUGUCUUGUAUUUGAUCUGCAUUUUCCGUGCAAUUAAGAGAUCUGAGGAUGUUAUAGAUGUUGAAAGAACUCCUAAGCUCCACAUUCUAGCAGACAUUGGACACUCUUUUGUGACAUUAACAAAUCAUAAUGGCCUCUCCGCAUCACAUGCUCCUGGGCAAAUUUUGUUACCAUCAUCCUUAUACAAAUCUAAUUCAAGAUCCCUUACUCAGUCAUGUUUUGACGAGCACUUUGUCAAAAGAGUAAUUCAGAUAUUUAAAUCUAAUAUCUCUUUGCCUGCUAGUACACUUCCUAAACGUGGGCGUAAGUGUCAAGAGGAUAGAACACAAGCUGAUGUUGUCAAGGACAACAAACUUAUCUUAGCAUCUUGCAAGAUGGUUAAUUUGUCCAAAGAUGGGAGAGCUGAAGCCCAAAAACCUGAGAAAGAAGGCAACAGUACAGGAGGACGUAGGAGAAAACGAGCUCUCUCUCCAAGUGGUCCUGGAUCAGUUGCAUUCCAUGAUUGUUCUAAUAACGAUUACCCAAGUGGUGUAUCUAAAAAAUCUGAAACUAGUCUGGAAAAAGAAAUACUUUCAUCUUGUGAUUCUGUAGCUACAAUAUCUUCUCUAGGUGGAUCAAAUGUCUCAAUCCAGAAUGUCAAAAGCAAUACCAUUGAUGUGGAGCAUUCCAAUCACCCCAGAGCGAAGCUGAAGGGCCCUUGCAGCCUGAAAGAAAUUAGUAAAAAGGCUGAGGCAUUGGUUGGGCAACGGAUCAAAUUUUUGUCUCCAGUAGAUAAAUGUUUUUAUUCAGGUACAGUGGAUGGUUAUAAUUCUCAAAACAACACACACAAGAUCACAUGUGAUAGUAGUGGAGAUGUUCAAUUGGUAUGCUUGGCAAGUGAGAGCUGGGAAACUAUAAGUGAUGGCUCACUGGAGGAAAAGCAGAAACAAAAGGUGGGGAGGAAAGCCUCUGUGGACACCUCAGCAUCAGAAAUUACUGAUACGAAUGAGGCUGCUGAGCUAACGUUGUCUGUUUAG